AUGACGCAUCUAGAAAAGUUAACUUUAUAUCUUCGUAUCAGUAAGACCGGUCUAAUCAUUGGUGAUGCAAGUCCAUUUAUUGAUGGUAUACAUCUUCAUAAUGAAAUUCUUGUUCAUAUGUCUCAACUUCAUACAUUCAAAUUUUAUAUUAGUACACAAAUUUGCACUAAUUAUUCAAAUCUUCGUAUUUCCAAUCAUGAUAUUCAACAAACAUUUACAAAUAUUAUAAAAUAUGGGCAAACAGCUUGUAUUAUGGAUUAUUAUGGUGCACGUGCAACUGUAUGUCAUGUUUAUUCGCUUCCAUUCACAUUUACUCAUUUGUACGAAAUUACGACUCACUUUCCAUUUAUUGUAUUUGAUUCUGUAACUCAUUUAUCUGUGUAUGAUAUUGUUCCAUUUAAACAUGAAUUUUUCAUGCGAAUUAAUCAAGCUUUUCCAUUACUCAAAUGUUUCACUGUAGAGAAUUAUGGAAUGCAGUAUUGGAAUUAUAAUGAUAAUCUAUCAUAUCCAAUUAUUGAAUUUACUCAUCUAAUAUCACUUGAAAUUAUACAUGCGGGUAUAUAUUAUCUUGAACAAUUUCUGGUCAAAACAAAUACACUUCUACCUCGUCUAACUCGUUUAAAAGUCAAAUACAACUACUUGAAAACUGUAACAAUCAAUUUUACAAGAGAAGAAACGCGCCAUAAUUGUUCUAAAGUUAAACAAUUAAUUGUCGAAGACUCAAUCAUUUUUUCAAAAUAUGUUUAUCAAUAUUUUCCUUCAUUGUAA